ACUCAUGUUAGGCUGCUCACAGCAGACAAGGCUACCCUCCAGUGGGUACUUCAGCAGGUCACUGAUCAUCAGUGCUCUGAUUAUCAGUGCAGCCCCAUCAGUACUGCCUUUCAGUGCCCAUCACUGCCGCUGAUCAGUGCACAUCAAUGUCACAUCAUCAGUGUCCCAUCAGUGCUGCCUAUCAGUGCCUCCUCAUCAGUGAAGUCUAUCAGUACCCAUCAGUGCCACCUAUCAGUGCCAAUCAGUGCUACCUAUCAGAUCCAGUCAGUGCUGCCUAUCAGUGCCCAUCAGUGCUGCCUAUCAGUGCUGCCUAUCAGUGCCCAUCAGUGCUGCCUAUCAGUGCUGCCUAUC